UCGCAGAGCACAGUAUCGGAGCACACCUGCGCCGGAGAGGACUCAAGCGCGUUUAUAGACGGCAGCACGUACGCAAAUUUGGCGUUUGAUAUAAAAGUGAUUGUUGGCAACUUUGUGAAAAACAGUCGGCAUUAAGUAAUUGAAUACGCUAAUUGACGAAAUUUAAGCUGAAAUUUAAUUUAACGAAGUUACAAAGCCUUUAAAGGACAACACUAAAAACUCGCAUUUUAGUUGACUUCAUAAAAAUAUUUGUAAAAAAUGCUAAGCUUCGGCUAUACGACAUUCCUCCAUUUGCUACUUGCAACCGCAGUGCUGAGUGGCGUCACACAGGCGCGUCAGCUGCGCGGUAACCGCUACUCGGCGCGUAUCGAGCAGGCUGAUGGUGUUAAUGGUGCCGAUGGUGAGGUGGCUGUGGUAGAGGAAGUCUAUCCAACGCCAUAUCCUGCUGCCGGCUAUAGACCUGGCCGUGCAUUCAAUCUACCCGGCGAGGCUGAUGACGAACCAACGGAAGGCUCCGGUGCCGUUGACACCACUACCGAAUUGCCGGCGGACGAGUACACCACAACAACAGAGAGCGUUGUAGAUGUCACCACCACCACACCCUACAAUUGGGUACCCGCUGAGCUGUUGAGUGAUGACGCUGCUAAGCAAGGGCGCGCAGCUAAGGCACCCUAUCCAGCUGCUGGUUGGCGUCCAAGUCGCGCUUUUUUGUUGCCCACUGAAGUUAAAGCCAUAGAAGAAGCAGAGGCUGCUGCAGUUGCCGCUGAGGAAGAUGCUGUGCCAAACGAUAAGGAUAUUGUGGAUGCGACCGCAUCUCUUCCAAACGAUAAGGAUAUUGUGGAUGCGUUCGAAACCAGCACUGCCACACCGCUUGCGCCAUUCACAACGCAGCUGCCCACUGACGUUGAAUCCGUAACUGAAGUGGACGCUGUGGAGGCUGUAGCGGAGCCGGCUGCACCAACCGCUGCCCAACCAACACCAUAUCCACCAUCCGGCUGGCGUCCAAGUCGUGCUUUCCUACUGCCCACCGAGAUCGAAUCCGCCAAUCAGGACUCCAGCAUUACUGUCAAUGAACCUGAGGAUCCAGUGUCGCCCGCCGACAAGGCUGGUCAUCCGGCUUGCGGUGUAAGCGACAAUCCGGUAGCGCCAAAGCCGGAGGAAGGCGCCAAAGAGAAUCCGGAUGCGGAGCGCGUCUAUGUUACAGCGAACUUGGCGCCGGCCGUGGUGAACUCGCCGCUAACGUUGCCGAUAUUGCUGCGUUCACAACGCUUGAUCACACCGCCCAUUUAUGUGCCCGCUGGUCGCUCCUACGCCUACUCUGCCAGCGUGCAGAGCUGGCGCUAAGGUGCUCACAGCAAUAGUAUUCGUAUAAUUCUUAUUUUUAAGGCUGAUCGUUUUUUAUAACCUUUAUUUGUUUUUAUAUAAUUUUAUAGAAAAUUAAGAAUAAAAAAAAAUUUUUUUAAUAAAAAUACCAACAACAUACUCGUAUUAUAAAU